AAUUGGGCCAACAUUGAUUCAUGAGCCCACCUCGUACUGUCUUCUUCUUCUUGUUCUUCUUCUUCAUUCGAUUUUCUUCUUCGUUCUUUUCUCUCAAGCGAUUGAAUUUCAAAUAACCCUUUUUUUUUUCUUCCUUCUUUUACACCUGAAUUCUUCUGAACCACUCUGAAAAUUAUUCAGCUGAAACUCACAAAACGAUGUCGGGUCGAUUGGUGAAGAAGAUUCUGAACGAACAAAAUCACUUUCCUCAUCAACUCAUCAAAGAAGAAGAGGAAGAAGAUGAUGAAAAUUAUGAAGAAGGUUCCACUGCACCUUCCACAAUCAACCCCUUCGAUCUUCUCAACGAUGAUGAUUCUGAACCAGAACACCAGGGAGAUGAGUCUGCGGAUGAAACAUCAGUGAGACAUGAUGAUAAGAAGGGGACAUCCUCAGGGAAAAGUUCUGCUCAGGUUUCAACAUCAAAUCCGAAAUCAAAGAAAAAGAAGAACAAGAAGAAGAAAAGCAAGGAUAAUGCUGUUACCAGUAAAAGGGGAGGUGAAAAGGAAUUGGACUUGAUUUUAGAAGAUUUGGCUCUGAAUGCGAACUCUUCAAGUGAGCAACAUGUUACUACAGAAGAUAAAACAGUGAAUGCUAAGAACAAAAGCAAAUCUGUUAAGCAGGAUGCUGUGUCCAUAUUACUAGUGGAUCCCAAACAUUUGAGUGCCGAAAAUGAGCUGAUAAGAAUAUUUGGAUCUAAGGUUGUGAAAUCAUUUGAGAAUAGCAACAACCAACCAAGCAGUUCUAGGCAGAUGCGAGGGGUGAGGAGAGUACGCCAUAAUCUUAAGAAGACUUUUCUUGUUACUCCAGCAAACACUUGGCUCCCAUUGGAUGAUUCUUUGUCCAUGCAAUUUCUUGAAACAAAGAAUGGAUAUAACUACUUUAGAUAUGUGCACUCACCAUCCUACUCCCAAUAUCAGAAUUCCUUUGAAGCUGCCAAAGCGAUUAAUGACAUAAAUGGUAUAGCAAGCAUAUUACAGCACCGUCCUUAUCACAUAGAUUCCCUUCUAACAAUGGCAGAAUAUUUCAAGGUAGUGGGUGAACAACAAAUAUCUGCAGAUACUAUUGCCAGGUGUCUAUAUGCCCUUGAAUGUGCGUGGCAUCCCAUGUUUACACCACUGUUGGGUAAUUGCCAGUUGAAGUACAAACACGAUGCAAACAAACCUAUAUUCACAGCCCUUUUUACUCACAUGAAAAAUUUGGACAGGCGUGGUUGUCAUAGAUCUGCUCUAGAGGUCUGCAAAUUGUUGCUUUCACUAGAUUCUGAUGAUCCCAUGGGAGCUAUUUUCUGCAUCGACUACUUUGCUUUAAGGUCUGAGGAGUAUGCAUGGCUGGAAAAGUUUUCUGAAGCAUAUAAAAGCGAUAACUCCAUAUGGUUGUUUCCGAAUUUCUCUUUUUCUCUUGCCAUUUGUCGGUUUUACCUUGAGGGUGAGGCCUCUAAAGAUGCUUCUAUAGAUUCUAAAAAGUCUUCUUCCUCUGAUCUUAUGACACAAGCAUUGAUGCUUCAUCCUUCGGUUAUAAAGAAGCUAGUGGCAAAAGUACCAUUGAAAGAUCGUGCAUGGACAGAUAUUCUCAAGCAUGCUUUUUUCCGUUCAGAUCAAACCGGAAUUCCAUCUCAAGAUCACUUGAUUAAUAUAUAUGUUGAGAGAAACUAUCUUAUAUGGAGGCUUCCUGAUCUGCAAAAACUGCUAAUCGCUGCUGCAAAACAAGUCAUUGAAACACUAGAAAGUAAUAAAAGUGAAGUUAACGACUGGGCUUGUGUCAGAAAAGAAGCAUUCUCAUCUGAGAAAAAUGAGUAUGGACAUUUGUUGGUGUCUAAUUUCUCUGAUUCAGUAAAUGCAAUUCCACAUGAAAAUCUGCAACAAUUUAUGGGCAUUCCAAGGGCUGGGGAGGCUAUGCUGGACGAAAACCAAUUUGCUAAUCAGCAUGGCAAUGGCCAUGCUCCUCGUGGCGUUGCAAAUAGAAACGCAUUAGCCGUCUUGUUUGAGUCGAUGCUACCGUGGGUUACUUAUGAGGAAGGUGGACCUGACGUUAACCAACCUGGUGACGGCGAGCAAGACAAUCAGUGAUUCUGGUUACAACUUGGUCUUCCUGCUCUAUAAACCUUUUUUCGGGAGUGGCGUGAACUCCAUGAUGAGAUGUCUUGUACAGAGCGACGUUUAGGGAGCUUGAUGCCUUCUGCAAUUAUGUUGAUCCUUGUCAACCAUCUAGAUGCUUUUAUAAAUGACAUAAUUUUGUGGUGUCUAAUUUUGGGGAUAUUGAUGUCAAAUGUUAUACCUUUUUUUUUUUCUCUUUCCAAUAUGAAUUUCUACAUUGAUAUACUUUUGAACUUUUUUAGCACUGUUAUUAUAAUUAUGUACUGUCACAAUAAGAGUUUAAUUAUGGUAGCAACUUCAUGAGAGGUCAAAUGCUCUUAUAUA